AUGUGUCCUUGCUUGGGAGACAAUUAUCUGUGGCGAUCCAUGGGUGCCGAACUUGUGGCACUUCCUGGGAGUGGACAGCCCCUCACUGAAAGGAUGGGAAGGUAUCGAAUGACCUUGCGCGAUUAUUUGGUGGACUUGAAGAGGAAAUGUAGCGAUUAUGUCGCCCGCGUACUUUUUGGUCAACUGCUGGAAGGCUCUGUGUUCUUGUACGAUAAUGUCGUGGCGCAGCGUGACAUGAAGAGCGAUAAUAUCCUCCUCGAAUUUGAUGAUCCAGUCCACGUCUUCUCGUCUGGUGCCAGUAGCAAGAUCCUUGAUAACGCUCUAAAACAGUUAAAGACUACAAAAGCUGUGAUGGGAUUCUCCGUGAACGAAGAAAGCGGAAAAGUGUUAGUGCUUGCGAAAGUUGACAAGUUUUUGAUCGAAGGAGGCUUGAAUGCUAAUCAGUGGGUUAAUGAAGUAUGUACUGUCCUUGGUGGGCGAGGUGGGGGAAAAGAAGCGAAUGCUCAGGCUACUGGUGGAAAUAUCGAACGGCUAGACGAAGCCGUUGCACUUGCGCGAAGUGGAUCAAAAAAGAAAUGUGAGCAUGCUUCCGAUUUUUGUUACAACAUGACCGUUGCUCUUGCACGAUUUCCCGAGGUGGUCAUGGCUGGUUGUUCGAAUAUAGGAUGCAGGCUAAGCCAAAAUAGAUGCAUUGAAAAGAAGUUUCGAGGACGUAGGGUCACGUUUUGUUGCUGUAACCAUUUCGACCUUUGCAAUUCAAAGUUUACUGUGAGUUUGAUACUUUUCACCGUUGUUCUAAAUAAAAAGAAUGUAAAAAUGUCUCUUUCCUCCAAGAAGUUCAGUGUUUGGCGUUAUGAUGACUUUAGCAUACAUAAACUAAACUGGCCAAUCAAGCAACGUGAAUUACCUGGAAUGUUACUUCUGAACAGACUGUCUUGA